CCUCCACCUACUCCACAGGGACGUGCAGCCUGCAGGGACCAGGCUGUGACCCAUGGUAAGGUCGGUGCCUUGGAGUCCCAGGCUGGCCUAUGAGUCCCAGGUAGAUAAAGGAAGGCCCUACCUCAGUCUAGACGUCUGGGGGAGAGAGAAGCCGGAAGCAGUAGUGGGGAAAGGUGCACAAGGCCUUGCCAAGCAGGUUAUGGUGGGUGGGGAGAUACCACCUGGUAGCCCUAGGAUUUGGGCGGAGAUUCUGGAGGAGGUGGCCAGAAAAGAGGGCUGGGAAGGCUGGGCCUCCUGGCCUCUGCUGGCAGCCCACCAGCAGCCCACAGAUCUCUUUCUCCCCAGUUUGCAGCAGCCUCCAAGGAAGUCGCUCCUCAGUCCUUGGUGGUCCAUCUUCGCUCAGACCCAGAUGGUGUCAGAGCUAUGACCAGGCCUGCAGGCGCCACGCCAAGUGGGGGUCAGUCAUGGAGCAGCCACAGGAGGAGACCCCUGAGGCCCGGGAAGAGGAGAAAGAGGAAGUGGCCACGGCUGAAGGAGCCCCAGAGCUCAAUGGGGGAGCAGAGCACGCACUUCCUUCCAGCAGCUGCACAGAGCUCUCCCAGAAUCCCUCACCUUCUUCCCUGCUGGACCAGCUGCAGAUGGGCUGCGACGGGGCCUCAGGUGGCCUUAGCAUGGAGUGUCGGGUGUGCGGGGACAAGGCCUCUGGCUUCCACUACGGAGUCCAUGCGUGUGAGGGGUGCAAGGGUUUCUUCCGCCGGACGAUUCGCAUGAAACUGGAGUACGAGAGGUGCGAGCGGAGCUGCAAGAUCCAGAAGAAGAACCGCAACAAGUGCCAGUACUGCCGCUUCCAGAAGUGCCUGGCGCUCGGCAUGUCGCACAACGCCAUUCGCUUUGGACGGAUGCCUGAGGCCGAGAAGAGGAAGCUGGUGGCGGGGCUGACGGCCAGCGAGGGGUGCCAGCACAACCCCCAGCUGGCCGACCUGAAGGCCUUCUCCAAGCACAUCUACAAUGCCUACCUGAAAAACUUCAACAUGACCAAAAAGAAGGCACGGAGCAUCCUCACCGGCAAGUCCAACCACAAUGCACCCUUUGUCAUCCACGACAUCGAGACGCUGUGGCAGGCGGAGAAAGGCCUGGUGUGGAAGCAGCUGGUGAACGGGCUGCCGCCCUACAAGGAGAUCAGCGUCCACGUGUUCUACCGCUGCCAGUGCACCACGGUGGAGACGGUGCGGGAGCUCACGGAGUUCGCCAAGAGCAUCCCCAACUUCAGCGGCCUCUUCCUCAACGACCAGGUGACCCUCCUCAAGUAUGGCGUGCAUGAGGCCAUCUUCGCCAUGCUGGCCUCCAUCGUCAACAAAGACGGGUUGCUGGUGGCCAACGGCAGUGGCUUUGUCACCCACGAGUUCUUGCGCAGUCUCCGCAAACCCUUCAGUGACAUCAUUGAGCCCAAGUUUGAGUUUGCUGUCAAGUUCAAUGCCCUGGAACUCGAUGACAGCGACCUGGCACUUUUCAUCGCGGCCAUCAUUCUGUGUGGAGACCGGCCAGGCCUCAUGAAUGUGCCACAGGUGGAGGCCAUCCAGGACACCAUUCUGCGGGCUCUGGAGUUCCACCUGCAGGUCAACCACCCAGACAGCCAGUACCUCUUCCCCAAGCUGCUGCAGAAGAUGGCGGACCUGCGGCAGCUGGUCACUGAGCAUGCCCAGAUGAUGCAGUGGCUCAAGAAGACAGAGAGUGAGACCUUGCUGCACCCCCUGCUCCAGGAAAUCUACAAGGACAUGUACUGA